UAAGAGGGACCCUCUCUAGCUCCCACACUCAUGGCUUUAAUUUCCUUUGAAUUAAUAUAACUUCAUCAACAGCAAGCCCAUUUUCUUGAUUGAUCAUUAAAUUUUUUUUUUUUUUUUUUGUGGUGAUUAUAUAUAGGUAGAGGGUGCCAGCUGCUUUCUUUGGGUUGUUGUUUCUUUGUGGAAUCUGUUACUGUUACAGUACUCUCUGGUUUUAUAUCUGCAUUUAGCAGAGAGAGGGAUAUAUACAAAAAGAGAGAGAUGGGGCAUCAUACAUGCUGCAACAAACAAAAAGUGAAGAGAGGGCUAUGGUCUCCUGAGGAAGAUGAGAAACUCAUUAAGUACAUUACUACUUAUGGCCAUGGUUGUUGGAGCUCUGUUCCUAAGCUUGCUGGGCUACAAAGAUGUGGAAAAAGCUGCAGGUUGAGAUGGAUAAAUUAUCUCAGACCAGAUUUGAAACGUGGGAGUUUCUCACAUCAAGAAGCUGCACUUAUCAUUGAACUUCACAGUAUUCUUGGCAACAGGUGGGCUCAAAUAGCUAAGCAUUUACCUGGAAGAACAGACAAUGAAGUCAAGAACUUUUGGAAUUCUAGCAUCAAGAAAAAGCUCCUUUCUCAUGGAACUCUCUCUGAUUUUUCCAUGAUUUUUCCUAAUAGUCUCACUACUACAAACCCUAAUCCCUCUUUUGAGAAUUUUUACCCACUCAACUCCACUCCUAUUAAUUUGAUGCCAAUUAGCACAAAUUCUCCAUUAAUUCUACAAGUUGACCACCAAAUGAAUAAUAAUCAGUUAAAUGGGGAUUUAAAUUUAAAUCCAGUGGUACCUUCCCUUAUUAAUCCUUUGUCAUUUGACUCAAUUUCAAAUGAUCCUACUUGGUUUAAUUUCAACUAUCCUCAUCCUCAACAUGAUCUUGAUAAUUAUAACCAAAAUGUUCUUAAACAAGACAACUCCGAUUCCAUGCUUACUUCUAACAUUUCUUUCAACUACACUAAUGGGGAGAAUUUCAUGGAUUCAAGAAAUGCAGCUAUCAAAACUCACCAAGAUUUAUUGAUGCAGGUACCAUUGCUUCCCAAGCUUUCUGAAAAGAUAAAGGGGAAUGGUGGCAUUGUGGAAUCAAUACCUCCUGCUGCUUCACAACAGAUUGAGUCGAUGGUGGUUAAUAGUCUCCCAUGUACUUUCCCAAAUGGUUAUAUCCAUCCACAUUAUGGCAUGAAUGGAGUACAUGAAAUGGAACAAAUAGAAUGCAUGCACAUGUCAUCUUUCCCAUCAUCAUCAUCAUCAUCACCAUCAUCAUCCAAAUCUUCACCAUCAUCAUGCAAUACUCAAUUUGUGAUGAACCCUAAUCUUCAUACAAGUUGGGAUUCAUAGAGACAUGUAAUUGGCAUUUGUGAUGUGGCUGUUUGGCUUGUAAAAGGUUCCCGUAAAGGUGGGGUGUGAAACAGGGAUUUAGCUACAAACUCAGGGGUAAACUAUGUAUUAAACAUUUUAUUUUUCUAUUAAAAAUUUUACUAUAUAUAUAUAUAUAUAAUAUUGUUCCAAGGGAAUUAAGGGAGAUUUUUAUGAUGAGGGAACAACUUAAAAGAGAGGGAAUUAGUUUCAUAUUAUUAUUGUGCAGCUAUAUUUAUAUAUAUAGUGUUUUGCAUAGAGAAGUUGAGAACUUUC